AUGGCAGGCGUCUUCCUGCCGUUCUCCGACGUCGAGUCGGCGAUCGAGAGACACUCGGAGGAGACGCCGGGGAUGACGUCACGAACCACCGCGAGAGAGGAAGUUAACGGCAUUCCGUCCUCCCUCUCUCCUUGCGGCGCGACCGGAGGAAAGUUCGCGGCGUGGAGUCGGGGGUGGAAGAGUGCGUCGGGGGAUUCCACGCCGAACCUCCCAUCGAGAGUCGGAGGUCGUCACGGGAUCGAAUAUCUCGAGCCGCAUCUUUCGGGACUCGUUUGGUCGAUGGGAGGUGCACGAUGCACGUUUCUCCCUUUUCUCCUCCUCCUUCCCCAUCCCCGUGUCAGUAUCCCCAUCGAGUCCCGUGCGAACGUCCCCUUCCCGUGUCGGUUUCCCCUUCGAGUCCCGUGCCUCUCCCGUCCCGGAGUCGGUCUCCCUGCCGGAUCCCGUCUCUCCCCGACGAUGGCUCCUCCUGCGGCCGAACGGGUGGACCUCUCCCGGAAGGGUCUGACGCGGUGCCCGUACCUGCAGGAGCCGGAUUCCGUGUUCCUGCUCAACCUGGAGCACAACCUGCUGCGCCGGAUCGAAGCGCUGUCGGGACUGGGGAACCUCGUCGUCCUUUCGCUCUACGACAACCAGAUCGACGCCAUGGAUGGUCUCUCCGGUCUCGCCUCUCUCAAGCUCCUGCUCCUCGGCAAAAACAGAGAGAGAUUCCGGGUGGAGACGGAGACGUAUCGGUUCGGCGAUGAGAAACGUGGGAACGCGGCGAAGGUUCCCGAUCUGCCACGAGAGGCAUCUCGUGCGAGCCGAGCAAAAAUCUCGACGGGCCCGAAGGUCCGGGAGCGCAGAAAUCGGGUCUCUGUCGGAAACGAAGUCCGUUUCCUCGUCCGUCAUUCUUCGGUCGUGGAUCCCAGAGUCGGGAUCGCGAGUCGGAGCCGUCGAAAGUCGCUCGGAAGUUAUUUCCGACCGUCGGAGCGACAAAACGACGACAGGUGA